GAGAAAAAUAACCAUGUGAGGUACAAGGCCCAGGUUACAAAUGAGGAGCAGGCCUGACAUUUGUCUAAUGAGCACAAAUGAGCUUUUUUCAUUUGUUUGUGCACUGCUUUGUUUAAAAGACACAACAAGACAAUUAGUUCCCUUGGUAUUUCAAAUAUAGCAACUGAUGAAGAGCCUUCCCUUAAGCGGAGAUAUAUAAAAGCUAAACUGAUUUCUGACUAAACCCAGUCAGCCGCCUCCUGAAUAGCCUCCUGAUACAAGUCAUCUGAGAAGUUUUCAACACACGUGUUUCUGAGAAAAACUACAAGAGCUACUUAAAAUUCCUGAGAGGACCAUGGAGAAUGUAUCCAAAGUCGCAUCGUUUACUCUCACUGGACUAAUGGAAAUAAACAACUACAAAUAUGUAUAUUUUGCCAUCACCCUUGUUGGAUAUCUGCUAAUCAUUUGUUUUAACUGCAUUUUGAUUUCCAUUAUAUAUCUAAACAAAAGUCUUCACGAGCCCAUGUACAUCUUUCUCUGUGCUUUACUUGUCAAUGCUCUCUAUGGGACUUCUGCUUUCUACCCUAAACUCUUGACUGACUUGCUGUCUGACGUCCACUUGAUUUCCUACACUGGAUGCUUACUUCAAAUAUUUGUUCUUUUCACUUAUGCUGCAUCUGAAUUUACAAUUUUAACAGUAAUGGCAUAUGAUCGGUAUGUGUCCAUUUGUAAACCUUUACACUACCAUAGCAUUAUGACACCUUCAUCUGUUAAAAUAAUGUUGUUUUUAGCUUGGCUUUUCCCUGUCUGUUUGAUAGGAGUCAUUGUUAUUUUAACUAGCAGACUAACUCUUUGCGGUACUAAAUUAGAAAAAUGUUACUGUGACAACUGGUCAGUGGUAAAGCUAUCUUGUGUGGACACAACAGUAAACAAUGCCGUUGGGUUUCUUGUAUUAAUAAUUGUAGUGUUUCCACCUCUGGGUUUCAUUGUAUAUUCUUAUAUUCAAAUACUUAAAAUCUGUCUCAGAAGUUCAAAGGAAUAUAGAAUAAAAGCGCUGAACACAUGUAUGCCACACCUUUUAACAGUUGUCAACUAUUCCAUUAAUGUUCUGUUUGAAAUAAUUAUUAGCCGACUCCACACAGGUGUGCCACAAAUCAUACGUAUACUUAUGUCAGUGGAAUAUUUAGUUAUUCCUCCUCUAUGCAAUCCCAUUAUUUAUGGUCUGAAACUGCAAGAGAUUCGUAAGAGGGUAAAACAAAUGUUAUUCAUAAGAAAAGUAAGUCCAGCUGUAGAAAUUCCCAAAACUUAAGAGGCAAUAGUGUAGUCUAAAAUGUUACUUUUAAGUAAAAAUAUUUCAGUUUGUAAAUAUUUUACAUUAGAUUGAAUCAUUAAUCAUUUCAGCAUUUUAUUUGGUCCAAUUAGCAAUGUGUGUGUGUGUAUUUAUUUUUUAAAAUAGUUACAUUUGAUUCUAA